GCAGGCCCGGGAGACGUACCGAGGGGCCUUUGCAGGGGCGGACCCUGAGAUCGCGGUGUCAGCCCCCGGCAGGGUGAACCUGAUCGGAGAGCACACAGACUACAACCAGGGCUUCGUGCUGCCUAUGGUGCUUAAAUAUGGAUUUGGGAGCCUGUCUUUUGGCAAUCGUGGGCCUGGCCUGUAAUUACAACUCCAUCUCCUUCAGAACUGCAGUCUCGCUGCUGAGCACGACAGGCCCUGCAGCUGGGCACCGUGAUGGUCGGGAGCCGAAGGCGGGAUGGAACGAUAACCAUCAUUACAACCGCGGAGGAAGCAGAGGAGCCCAAAAGGGUGCAGUUUCCAGCUCCGACAGAAGGAAACGCCCUGAGGCCCGGGGAACCUCACUGGGCCAACUAUGUGAAGGGCGUGAUCCAGCAUUACCGGGCUGGUCCUCUCCCGGGCUUCAACGCAGUGAUAGCCAGUAACGUCCCGCUGGGUGGUGGCCUGUCUAGUUCAGCCUCUCUGGAAGUGGCUACGUAUACCUUUCUGCAGCAGCUCUGCCCAGAUGAUGGGGACUUGGUAGCCAAGGCUCUGGCAUGCCAGAAGGCUGAGCACACCUUUGCUGGCAUGCCCUGUGGGAUCAUGGACCAGUUCAUAUCUGUGAUGGGCAAAGAGGGCCAUGCGUUGCUGAUAGACUGCAGGUCGCUGGAGACUUUCCUCUUGCCUUUGACCGACCCCAGCUUAGUGGUUCUCAUCACCAACUCCAACGUGCGGCAUGCGCUGACAGGCAGCGAGUACCCCACGCGCCGGCGCCAGUGCGAGGAGGCAGCGAAGGCUCUGGGCAAGGCCAGUCUGAGGGAGGCCUGUAUGGCCGACUUGGAGGCUGCCCGGGCCCUGCUGAGCGAGGAGGUGUACCGGCGCGCGAGGCACGUCAUCGGAGAAAUAGAGCGCACCUCCCGGGCGGCGCAGGCGCUGCAGGCUAAGGACUACAGGACGUUUGGGAGGCUGAUGGUGGAGAGUCACAACUCCCUCCGGGAUGAUUAUGAGGUCAGCUGUCCUGAGCUGGAUGAGCUGGUAGCUGCAGCGUUGGAAGUCAGUGGGGUUUAUGGCAGCAGGAUGACAGGCGGCGGCUUCGGAGGCUGCACAGUCACGCUGCUGGAGGCUGGAGCAGCGGAGGAAGCUCUGCAGCACAUCAAGGAGAAGUACAAUGGCACAGCUACCUUCUAUUUCACCAUGCCUUCAGAUGGGGCAAAGGCACAGCCUCUGUAAGGAGCGACUUCCCUUCCUGCAUAGGGCUCUCCGACUCAGGGUCCUCAACGCUGGCAGAGGAAAAGUCCUGAGCCAGCUGCCUUCCCACUUCCUCCUGGGGGAAAUCAAACAUGACUAACUUCUAACUUCACAAUGGAACACAGGGAAAUGUACAAAGCUGCACCACUCAAGUAAUAAAACUAAUUUUGCACAACAGUUCUGCCUCUUGACUUAACCAUCUCAAUCCAAACCACUGGAGACCAUGUUCUGAUCGCCAGAUUACUGCGGUGGUCUGGGCACCGGGUAGUGGCAGUGUACUAAGCUUCAUGCAAGCCAUUACUAAUUACUGGAGGGAAGCA